CAGCAGCAGUGACUAGACAAGCUUUUUAUCGACAUAAGCAGAGCACAGGUGCUGAAAAUCCACCAAAAUGUUCGUUUAAAGAAUCGCACGUCUCAUCCCGAAGCCAGAGAUGUAUUUUAAGAGAUGGGUGAUAUGAAUCCAUUUUUGCUCCUGACGAGACUGUUUCCUUUGCAGUGUGAUGCUGGCCUGUCUGCCGGUAUCAGACCCCUCCCUCAAGCUUCUCUCUCACACGCAGAUGAACACUGGACUUCAGAAAUGGGAUACUACACAGAGGAUGAGAUCAGCACAAUAUCCUACCCCAGCAGAAUUGGAUGCUUAUGCUAAGAAAGUUGCCAAUAAUCCACUGACUAUAAAAAUCUUCCCCAAUAGCGUGAAAGUACCUCAGAGGAAGCAUAUACGCCGCACCAUGAACGGUCUCGACACCUCCAGCCAGCGCUACAGCCCCUACCCUCCUCAGGUCAGCUCCACGACAGGCCUCUUGGCCAUCGUCAAAGUCCCAGUCAAAGGGGUUCUCAAGAACGUCGAGGGCGGCCGGGCCCGAUUUCUCCCCAAGCUCAUCAUGAACCCGCACACUGGGCUUUACGCCAACCCCAGCACUUUAAACAUUCCUCACACUGUUCCACACCCUCGAACUCCAUCUCAGUCGCAGCUUCCUUUAGGCCAGAAGAGUCUUGCUCACUCUCAGGCCUUGCAGGCCCACCCUCAAUCCCUGCAGCAGCAUAAGGCCAGUUUACAACCGCAACAGAGCCUGGCCCAUCAGGAGGCUAUGCAUACAAGCCAGGCUCACCGAUCACCAGAACCGCACCACGCCCUAAACCACCAACAGACUCUCGUGCAACAGCAGUUUCCCGGUCCACAGGGACUCCGGCACCUGCCUGAUAUGGCGCAGACGGUAAACUUGCAGCACUCCCAGGGUUUCCAUCAAUCCCAAUCCAUGCCACAGACCAGUUGCGCUGGCCCGUCAGCCCCCGGGGUCUUACAGCCACCCCUAGCGGGCUUACAGAUGCCACGCAAGCUGCCUGAUGCCGACGCCCCUCCCAAUGUGACUGUGUCUACCUCAACCAUCCCGCUGUCCAUGGCUGCCAGCCUGCACCAGAAUCGGCCCAGCGAUUUGAACAGCAUCGUCAAUCAGAUCAGCCAGUUCUGCCAGGCACGGGCCGGCAUGGGCUCUACCUCCGUUUGUGAAGGACAAAUCGCCAACCCCAGCCCCAUCAGCCGCAACCAGCUCAUUAGCGCAAGCUCCCGGGUUUAUACCCAUAACCCUGUCGUGGGCCCUCCGCCUUCUUGCAUCCUCGGUAACUCGGACAAAGCCUGUCUCACCCCAGCCCUAACACUGCCCGACAUCACCGCUAUGAAUAGGAUGCCUGUUUACCAUAAUGACAUGAAGCAGCAGCAGUCUCAGCAACAGUUACCACAGCAUCAGCAUCAACAGGGCUCUUGGGGUGGCCAGCAACAGCUUGCACACCUUCAUCACCUUCCGGAGGGAGCUCACCAGGGCAAGAACCUGCCCAGAGAAGCCCUGGUAGGGCAUAGUGGGUUCCUCACCAAGGGCAUGAGGUACCCGCAAGAAUUUUGCAUGGGUCAACCCUUCAGCUUAAAGCCCCCUACAGACAAAGUGACUCCUCCUCCAGUCAAUGGGAUGCCAGGUGGCAUGAGUUACAGCAAUGGCCACUUCAUGCAGCCUCCUUGGAAUAGCAUCUUGCCAACACCAAAUGGUGAGAGCUCAGGGUCUCAAGACCUGGCGGGGCCAUUCCACGGAGGCCUAUCAGGGGCCUCCAUAGACUGCAACCCUGGACCACAGUACAGGAAUGUGGUGGCCACCUCCAGCCAGACGAACAUGAUGCAGACCAUGGAGUACAUGGGUAGCAACUUCCAGGCAGCCUGCUUCAGAGCGCAGAAUCCUGCCACAACAUCAAAGGUGCGCAGGGUCGCAGAUUCAGGUGAUAGUAGAAAUGUGCACAUUCACCACCCAGGGUACAGAUGAGCUGCAGCCAUUCACACUACUCAUAAGGCAAUGUUAGUAAGGUGACAUAAGGAAACCCCCCUGCCCCCUUCCCAUUUUGUUCUCAGUCUUGCAAGUGAUCUGCUGAAUGUUUCCUGUAUGAUGAUUUUUACAUGACUACCACAGAGCUGAACGCCCCAUCCAUGUGCCACUUUGCUUCUUUGAGAGAGAUAUAUAUAUAUAUAUUAGCAGUUUACAUUUGUUAAAUGAGUAGCCUUUGGGGAAAAAUGUGGGCUUUUAUUCAUUUUCUUUUCAUAAAUAAUAGCAUCAGUUUGUGAGAUCAGCACUGUUUUGUCCAUACCUAUCUAGGCUGUAUAAUUUGAAAGGAUAGUGUACCACACGAAAUGCAUAUUAAUUUACUUCCUUUAUGGCAAAAGCCAUUUGUAUGUAGUUUAGGCCUACUUGAGAAUUGAAGUACUAACUCUUAACAGGUUGAUCUUAUUCACUGAAGACAUUCAAGGGGUGCCAUGAUACUGAUAUAUGUGGCUGUUUUUCCAUCUAAGCGAACUGCUCACUUGUACAAUGUACAGUGAUUUUGAUUUGAUUUUUUCCCCCUCUUAAUGUUUACAUAUUGUGCUUUUGUAACUAAUUCUGAAUCGAUAUGAAAGUGCAAACUGAUAAUGGGAUAUGCACACAUGACAAGACUGUUUCUUUUUCAGACUGUUGAACAUGAAUCAGGUUUUAGUCUUAGGUGGAAAUGUUACACUAGGGCUGUUCCAAGCCACAUUGUGUAAAAUGUUGAUCCUACCUUGAAGUGUCUGCUCAUGCUUAUCCUUUUUUUCCUUAAUUUUUUUAAAUAUUAGUUUUCUUUUUAAAUGGAUAAAGCUGUAGACUGCAAUUGCUUCGGGACUUGUGCUGUGGCCUAAUUGUAUAGCUUUGAAUUUUAUUUUGCUUCUAAAUUUAAUUGUUACUACUUGAAUUUCAUUGGGGAGAGUGUUUUUAAAAUUAGUGACAUCAGGCUCCUACUACUAUAUGCGUUUCAGUGGACCAAUGUUUUAAGUAGGGAUGGCUCCGAUACCUGGAUUGACCUUUUUACCCGGAUCGCGUAUUGGUCCGAGAAUCCCGAUCCAAAUCCGAUAUGCUACUGCAUGUUGGUCAUUGACAGUGCGGUCAAGCUCAAAUAAUGA